GGGGAUGGACGUGGUAAACAGAGAGAUCCAGACUGCCAGAACGCUACACAGCCCUGCCCAAAAGACUCGUUAUACUGGAAUACUCAAACCCCGCAGGCCAAACACAGUAUGAGUGCACAACUGAGAGAAACUUGUCAGCUCACAACAACUGUUUGACGGGACAGAGCGCUCUAACGGACAGCCAAAACUAGACACAGGUUCAUAUACGAGGAGAGCUACAGGGGACGUCAACUACAAACUGGAACAAAGGUCAGAAUGGGCGCUUCAGAGGAUAUGAUGGGAAUUCUCCAGAACGUCUGGACCAAACUGCAGGCACUUCCUCAGGAGCACCCGCUCACACAGACGGCCUUCCUCAUCAUCCUGCUGUUCUUCUUGACAUUCAUCGCUCUGGUUGUGACUGGAUGUGUUUACGGCUGCUGUGGCUGCUGCACUGCAGGGUCCAGAAACAAAGUCUCUGCCGUGUGAAACAUGACAACGAGGAAGAAGAUACCAAUAGACCACAAUGGGCCAAAAUAAAAUUUGGUGGCAUUUGGUAGUUUUGUUUGUCUGAUGCCACAUAUUACAGAGAUAAAAUUCAGCCAGAGAAAGUGGUGCACACUGUAAACUGAAUGAACACACAUCAGCUACAGUCAUGAAGUGAAUGAAGAAACAAGCAUCUGGCUGAGACAUAUGGUCCCCCUUAAAUAUGGAUGCCACAAAUAAACUCUAAAUUCCCAACCUCUCUCAUCAUAGGAACGCUACAUGCUGUAGGCGAACCAUUAUGAAACCAGUGCCAAUGGCUGCCCUCUGCUGUUUGCUUUCAAAACUGCAGUAACUUCAAGCAGGGAUGAAGAAAGAAGGGGACGGUUCAGAUCUCUCAGGUCCACUGCCAUUCAAAAGUGUGGGGUCAAUAAAAUAUUUUUUGAAAUUCAUAUUUUCAUUUAGAUUAAAAGUGUCAGUAAAGACAUUUACUGCUAUUCAUAAAUGUUUCUUGAGAAGCAAAUCAAUGAAUUCUGAAGGAUCAUGUGACACUGAAGACUGGAGUAAUGAUACUGAAAAUUCAGCUUUAAUCACAGGAAUAAAUUGCAUUUUACAAUAUAUUCGAACACAAAAGCAAUUUUAAAUCGCAAUAAUAUUUCACAAUAUUACUGUUUUUACUUGAAUGAGCAGAAGAGACGUCUUUUAAAGACAUGAAAAUUCUUCACCAACCCCAAACUUUUGAAGGAUAGUAUCUGAUAUUAAAAAAAAUGCAUGUAGACCUAAUACUACCAUCAUGUUGUAUUAAGAUGUGCUAUACAGAGGAAAACAGAGCUGAAACGCUGGAGAAAUAAAAUGUAAAUAAUCAAAUAUGCAAAAA